UUAAAUUAUUCAAAUUCGUAUUGAAUAACAAUGCGGGGAGAAGAAUACAAUGUUUGGCAUGGCAGGACCAAAUCGACCGGAUUUCGUCCGUAGUAAAAAUGAACAAGAUUAUUCAUAUAAACGGGGCCGUUUCAAAAGAAAUAUUGAAGCCCCUAUACAAUACAGGAAACGUCCCCUUUGAACUCUCCAUCCAAAACCACACAACCGUUGACGGAAAUCGUGGUUACUUCGAAAUAACUACCGAGGCCGAAAAAACGUCAACUAUUGCCGAAUGGGCAGAACUUGGCGAAAUGGAGGGACGGAUGAUCAAAAUAUCAGGGUGGCUUAAAAUGGCGUUUAAAAUGACGAACCAUAAGAACGGAGACUCGGCCUACGGAGUUGGAGCGAUCACGGAUGGGAAAUCGAAGUUGGCUAUCCGAAUAUCCAGCUUUGAUGACGUGCCGUCAGGGAUAAAAAUCGGGAGUCCAAUUAAAGCUUCCGGAGGAAUGCAUUUCGACAAAACACCAUACCUCCAAGUGCCCAAUGGGUCGUCAAUCAAACUCGACGACAGAAGCCCGAUGGACAGCGAGCGAAUGCAUGACAUAACGGGCACACCCAAAAAGAAAGCGAAGAGGGAAUAGGCGGCCUUUAGUCAUUCCAUUGCCUUCAACAAAGAUUCA